AUGUCAGACUCCUUCAAGGAUAUGGGGAGGAGGUACCGGCUGCGGGGUGCUGGGCCUGCGGUCUCCACUUCCUGUGUCCUCCAGAAGUUCCCGGGAGUGAUAUUCACCUGGUCCAUGUGGAUGAUGUGUGUCUCUGUCUUCACCAUCCGGCCUGAGGAACACAUGGUGGCUGCAGGGAGCUGCCAGUUUCAUGGCAGGCAUCCCAAAACCAGGUUCAAGGUAGAAGGGGAGCCUGUGGCCAUGAGGUGCCCCCAGGUGCCAUACUGGGACUCUACCACCACCCACGUCAACGUGACAUGGCGUAGAAACAGCUCCACCACGAUGGUCCCAGGAGAGGAAGAGCUGCGAGUGUGGGUCCAGGACGGAGGCCUCUGGAUUGUGCCAGCCUCGCGGGGGGACUCUGGCACCUACAUCUGCACUGUCAGAAAUGCCUCUUACUGUGAUGAAAUGUCCGUUGAGCUCAGGGUUUUUGAGAAGACAGAAGCCUCCCUGCCUCUCAUCUCCUACCCGCAAAUUAUAACCUUGUCAGCCUCUGGGUUAUUAGUUUGUCCUGAUCUGAGUGAAUUCAUCGGGAACAAGAAUGACAUGAAGAUUCGAUGGUACAAGGAUUCUGUCCCUUUGGAUCAAGACAAUGAGAAAUUUCUAAGUGUGAGGGGAACUCGUUUACUGGUAAACAAUGUGUCUCUGGAGGAUGCGGGCUAUUAUCGGUGCGCCAUGACGUUUGCCCACAGAGGCAGGCAAUACAACAUCACCAGGAAUAUCAAACUCCGUGUUAAGCACAGAGAAGAGGAGACCAUUCCCGUGAUCAUCUCCCCCCAACAGACCAUCUCAGCUUCACUGGGGUCAAGACUGACAAUCCCGUGUAAGGUGUUUCUCGGAGCUGGCAUACAGGCGACCACCUUGCUGUGGUGGACUGCCAACAACACACACAUAGAGGAUGCCUACCAGGGGGGCCGCGUGACCAAGGGGCAGCGCCAGGAAUACUCAGAAAGUAAUGAGAAUUACAUUGAGGUGCCACUGAUUUUUGAUCCAGUCGUAAGAGAGGAUUUGCACACGGAUUUUAAAUGUGUUGUCCGUAAUACAAUGAGUUUCCAGAUGCUUCGUACCACAGUCAAAGAAGCUGCCACGUUCUCCUGGGAGAUUACACUGGCCCCCCUUUCCCUCAUCUUCUUGGUUUUGGCGGGAAUAUGGAUGCACAGACGGUGUAAACGCAGAACUGGAAAAGCCUAUGGUUUGAUGAUGGAGUUAAAGACCAUGUCAGAUUUUCAGUCCUAUCCGAGUAAAAUAAAGGAAAUAAAAUACUUCAAGUCAAACGAUGUCCUUUCUUCCGCAAGCAGCCCUGGCUCUUGA